UUAAGUAAUAAUGGAAUGAGUGAAUGAAAUGGUGACAAACGAAGCCAGAAGCUCUGUAAUUUUAUGCCGUUCUUAUUAAGUUUGCAUAGGCUCCCCUGGAUUAUGAAUCAGUCACUCAGCCUGCUUAUGACUUACGAAUCACAUGCUUUUCAUCUGGUCGGAUUGUAUUUCUUUCUUGUGGCAACAAGUGAAGUAGCUGUGCCGAACUGUGAGCAACUUUUUGCUGAAUCUGAAAUCAAGAUAAGAAGCGGCAAUGGGUCAGAACAAUGAGAAUAGAAUGGAUUGCAGCGCAUAUGUCAAAAGUAAGCUUGGUAUUUGAAGUGCUGGAUGCAUAGAAACCAUAAAAAUUGACUCAACGAACUGACAGAGCAACUCUUGUUCUGUACUUAGUUAUAAAAUUGACUGAUCAAUCCAUUCGAUUGCUGAUGCAUAGGCUCCCCUUAGAACCAAGCAUGUACGUGUCAGGCGCACAUGCCGCUUCAUCUUCAUCUUUGCUAGAAAAGGCAGAUCGAUACAACUCAACUCAUUAGGAUUCAUUUACAAAGCAAAUAUUGCAUCAGCUAAUAGCUAGUAGCAAAUUUUGUGUCUAACCACACAACAUGUAACUUCCCAGCGGUGUCAUUCUUACCACAUGGCAAGCAAACAAACAAAUCUGGACAAAGUCAAUCUUCAUGAUACACCUUCCGUUCUUUUUUUAUCCUUCCGAGCCUCUCCCUUGGGCUUGUGCUCCUCUACCUCCUCGGCUAACUUGGUGGUCAGCAAUGUCUUGUGCGUUGACGACAGGAUUGGACCCUAAUGCGAGGGAAACUUGUUACUGAUCGCCCAUUGUACAGCAGCCAAACAAUAAGAAAGACUGAAAGAGUAAAGUACAUUUCUGAUCCUUUAAAUUGUGUCUUUUAAAGACUUAAUGGCUCAAACGGGCUGUGGUUUCACCUUACAAACUAGAACUGGCACAUGGACUCACAUGUCAGCCUCUGUCUCACUUUUCUCCGUUCUCUCUUACUUGUCCCUGCCGUCACCUGUUGGUGCCGAUCCGGGCACUAAUCACUGUGUUGAGAACCGGCGGCGGUGCUCUCUACACAGGCGCAGACGGUUCACGGGCAGAGACCGGACGGUCAGUGACCUGGAGCAGGGCUAGGGUUCCUUGCCUGAUGAUCCGCGCGUGCGCAGGGGCGGCGGAGUUCGCCGACGGCGCCAAAAUCUCGCUCCCGGGAGUAUAGGUGUACAUUUAGGCUGUGCCUAACAGGCCGACACAAAGCACACAAUUUUAGGCACGGCCCAACCUAUUUGCGGGCCCAGGCCGGCCUGGCACAAUGCAUGGGCCGUGCCUGGGCCUCAACUCAAGCACACGGGCCGGCCUGGCACGGCCCAUUUAACUAAGGCACACUAAAGCUCACUAAACUUAAAAACCCUAGUCCCUAGCGAUCCUAUCCGUCGACCGUCCGAUCCAACGGCCACUUCCCCACCCACACAGACACGGGCACACGACCAUCAGCCACACCAAUUCUAUUUGGCGCGGUUUGGGCGUUUGGCACAGGCACAGGCGCAGCGCACAGCAAACCCUAAUCCUAAACGGCGGCUCUGCCUGCGUCUUCCACUCUUCCCGCCGCCGCUCGCUCAACGCUCAUUCCCUACUCCCUCGUCUUCGCGCUGCCGCUCGCUGCACCGCCUCCGGUCUCCCUCUUCUUCGCGCGGUCGCGCCGCCUCCGUGUCCCAAACGGCCAGCGAGCCCGCGAGCUUCCUCGACAUCGGCAAUGGCGCAAGGAAAUGGAGGUGGCGCCCCGACUCCACUUCCCCAGCUCGGUGCACGGGCCACGGCCACCCUGUAUCUACCUCAACGGCAAGCCACAACAGCGUCUACCGCAGAUCCGACUCCGAAUCAUCCGACCUCCAUUGAGGAUGGCGCUGGUGGCAGUUCUUCGUUCACGCCAACGCCGAGUGCAAGCCCAACUGUUGUAGGCAGCAGCUCGGACACAGGUAACAAGCGAGGUAGGAAAACCACCUCUGAUGUGUGGAAUGACUUCGAGCAACUCUACAAACAAGUUAAUGGUAAGAAAGUCAGGUAUGCAGCAAAAUGUCACUACUGCAAAUCACAGUUAACUGCUAAGGGUGGUACAGGUCAUUUGCAUCGACAUCGUAUUGCUUGUGCAUCUAAAGCUGACCGUGCAAGUAGGCCACAAUCUUUACUUCAGUUUAAUGGUGAUGGUUCUGUGCGUUCAUGGGAUUAUAAUGCUGCUACUGCUCGUACUGAAAUGUGUCGUUUGAUUGCUACUUUAGAUCUUCCUUUGGGUUUUGGUGGUCAUCCUGCUUUUGAACGUUACAUUAGACGCUCUCAUAAUCCUAGGUUCCGUUCUGUGUGUAGACAGACAACGACUAGAGAUCUUGUUAAGUUUUUCAAGCAACGUCGUACCGUGUUGAUUGAUCUAUUGCAAUCUAGUGUGUCAUCUGUUGCACUCACAUCUGAUAUAUGGUCUGGUAAUGCGAAGGAAGAUUAUAUUAGUGUUGUUGCCCAUUUUGUUAAUGUUGAUUGGUUGUUAGAGAAAAGAGUCAUUGGAAUGAGGCUUAUUGAUGUUUCGCAUAGUGGCUCUAAUAUUGCAGAGCGGGUUGCAACUGUUGUUGAAGAGUUUAAGUUGAUUGAUAAGGUUUUUUCUGUUACUCUAGAUAAUGCAUCAGCUAAUUCUAAUGCUAUGAACAUCCUUGCACCAAGAUUCUCUGGUUAUGUUGGUUCUCUAUUCUUGCAUCAGAGAUGUGCAUGUCACAUAAUUAAUCUCAUUGUAAAAUCUGGUUUGAAGCGUUUGAAACCUUAUGUUGAAGAUUUCAGAACUGCAAUAUCAUUUUUAAAUGCUUCCAACCAACGCAUCGCUGCAUAUAAAUCUUAUUGUGUUGCUAUGGAUGUUCGUCCUCGCAAAUUUGGUUUGGAUAUGGAUGUUAGAUGGAACUCUACAUAUCUAAUGCUAAAACAUGUCAUUCCAUAUAAGACCACAUUCUCUGUUUUUAUCCAAACACACUAUCAGCAGGUGAUGGGUCAAACAUUACUUACACAAGCACAUUGGGAGAUUGGUGAGAAAAUUCUAACCUUUCUUGAGUUGUUUUAUGAUUCAACUGUUGCUCUAUCCGGAAUUUAUUAUCCAACCUCUCCUCUUAUGUUGCACCAUAUUAUUGAGAUUGCUUCUCAUCUGAGCAACUAUGAGAACGAUAUAUUGCUUAGAGAUAUUGUUGUGCCUAUGAAAUCUAAAUUUCUUAAGUACUAGAAAAACAUUCCUAUACUAUAUUCAUUUGCUUUUGUCUUAGACCCUAGAGCUAAACUCAGAGGUUUCAACAGUGCACUCCAGUUUCUUUCUAAUGUGACUUUUACUGAUUACUCUGAUUAUUACAAUAACGUGCGUACUGAGUUAUCUAAUGUUUUUGCCAAGUAUGAUAGCAAAUUUGGUGGCACCAGGUUGCAAAGGGCAACUCAAUCCGUAAGUACUAGCAAAGUGAAAUCUGCUUGGGGUAAGAUUUAUGGUACUUCAUCUUCUAACACUGGAACUACUACUACUUCUGUUGGCCAUACUUCUUCGCCUUCUAAUUUUUGUCCAGUCUCUGAGUUGUCCAUGUAUGUUGGCAGUGAUCCAAUUACUAUGUUUGAUGAUGAUUUUGAUAUUCUUAGUUGGUGGCGUGAGCAUAAGAAUACAUACCCUAUUCUCUCCAUUUUAGCUAAGGAUGUUCUAACUGUACCUGGAUGUUGUAACUGUACCUGUUUCAACUAUUAGCUCUGAAUCUGUUUUUAGUCUUACUGGCAGGGUGCUUGAGGAGAGGAGACGUUGUCUAACUAGUGAGAUGGUGGAGACCUUGACAUGUUUGAAGGAUUGGCAGAUGGGCGACGAUCGAGAACAGCACAACUUGGAGAAUCCAGAGCUUCAACAAGCCUUCGAGAAUCAGUAUCUAGAUGGUGAUGGUGAUGAUAAUCAAGAUGCUCAACCUGUUAUUGUUGCCUAGUGUGCAUGUGGCCGUGUAGGAUUUUAUCAUUGUAUCUGUAUUUCGUAUGUAUGGCUGUAUUACUCAACUAAACUCUCGAAACAUUGAACUGAUUACUAUUUUUGAGCUGGUUGUACUCUUUUCCCUUCUGACCAAAGGUUUUUAAUGAGGCAGCCACAAAACAGCUCAAUUUUAUUUGGUCAUAUAUGUUCUGUA